AUGAGACUCAUUGUAUAGUAAUAUUAUGGUUUUGGUUAGAAAAAAACAUUUAAGAUAGAAAUUAAUGAUGAAGAUACAUCAGAUUAAUUGAUUUCUGUUAUUGCUUAGAAAGUUGGACGAUUAGUUUAGGAUUUAGUGAUAAAGUGUAAAAGAGAUUAGUAUUCUGUAAUAAUUACAUAAUAUAUUAGAUAAAAAUAGUAGAAGGUUGGCCAAUAGAAUUUUAUGAAUUACAAGAAAAUUAGAAUAUUUUAGUUGAAGUUAGAGAAAAUGAGUCAGAUACUAAAUAAAAGGAAUAAAAGAGACAAACUGAAAAAUAUUUGAACAAAUUAUUCAUAAACUAAAGAGAAAAGCCUUAAAAAUUAUCAGAAGUUUCUGAAACAAGUGAAAACUCAGAUGAUGAAGCUAAUUCAUCAAAAUAAAAAUCAUCAAAUACAAAUGUCGAACCUAUAUAAUCUGAUUAUGAUGAUAAAAUAUUUUAAACAGUGAAAAGUGGAAAUUUAGAAAUGCUACAAUAACUUUGUUAAAAAAUAAAUCCUUAAUUAUUAAAUCAAGCUUCUUUUGGUGGAUGGAAUCCAAUUCAUUUUGCAACUUUUCUGGAGUAUAAAUUAAUUGUAGAAUUCUUAAUUUCUAAAGAUAUUGAUAUAAACAAAGUAACUGAUGAAGGAUGGACUCCAUUAUAAAUAGCUGUACAUCGACAUAAUAUUGAGAUUGUAAAAGUAAUAUUGAAUCAUCCUUAAAUUGAUGUGAAUUUGAUAACAGAUAAAGGUAUUGCAUUAAAUUUAGCAUGCAAAUCAAAUUAAUUAAAAAUAAUAGAACUCUUACUUUUAAAAAAUGCUGAUCUUAAAUUAUAAGAUAAAACUGAAAGAAUAGCAUAUGAUUAUUGUGAUUAAGAAACUAAAAUAGCUAUUGAAUAGAUGAAGAAAAGUAAUCAAAUGAAAGAUUAAUUAAAAAAUGCCGAUGAUUUUAUUCCACCUAGACCACCAAUUGCAAAAGGGUUCAUUUAUAAAACAGGUUAAAUGUUAGUCACCUUAAAUGAAAGAUUUUUUGUAUUAAAUCCAGAUGAAGGAACUUUCAUAAGAUUUAAGAAUUUUUCAGAUUAUCCUUUGAAACCAUUGUAACAAUAAUGAAAUUAAUAGAUUUAAGAGAAAUCAUUCCUCUUAGAAGUGUAAGGAGUGUGUUGAUGACUCAAAAGGGUUUUAUAUCUAAAUCAGGAUAUCACUAUUUUGAAUUACUUUAUUCUACUAGAAUUAUUUUAGCAUGUAAACAUGAACAUAUAGCAAAAAAAUGGGUAGAGUACAUCUAUAAAGCUACUGUGUAUUAUCAAUAUAUAGAAGAAAAAAUGAAAGAGUAAAUAAUUAUAAUUAUGAAAGAGGAACACUAGAUCCAAAUCUAAUAGAUAAAAAUACUGAAGUUUUAAUUGAAGAUAUUAAUGCAAAAGCUCCAUCUUCUGAUCCAUUUCCAAAAUAAUUAUCACCUGAAUAAUCUAUCUCCUUACCAAGAGAUGAAGCAUCUCUAAUUUAAAAAAGAUUAUCAAAUCCAGAACCUGUUCAUAGAUAUAGUCAAAGUCCUCCCAGAAAUUCAGAAAUAGAAUAACCAAAACCAAUAUCUUAAUCUUAAUAAUAGUUAUAAUCAUCAAUUAUGGAGAGUCAAAAUGAAUUACUUAAAGAUAGCAAAGUGAAUUUUGAAUCAUUUGAAAUCAUAAAAGAAUUAGGAUCAGGAGCAUUUGGAAAAGUGUUUUUAGUUAAACAUAAGGAAGAUGGUGGUAUAUUUGCAAUGAAAGCACUCAAAAAAAAGACUCUCAUUUUGAAGAAAUAAAUUAAGUAUGCUAUUACUGAAGCUAAUGUUUUAAAAAUGUGUAAACAUCCAUUUAUUCUUGGAUUACAUUUUGCAUUCUAAGUAUUAUUUUAUUUGUAAUUUAUAAAAUCAGACUCCAAAUUAUUUAUACCUAGUUUUAGAUUAUUGUUAAGGAGGCGACCUAUCUUAUCAUAUAGCAAAUUAAGGAAAAUUCUCUGAAGAAGCUGCUAGAUUCUAUGCUGCAGAAAUCCUAUUAGCUAUUGAAUACUUACACACUAAAGAUAUCAUCUAUAGAGAUAUGAAACCUGAAAAUAUAUUGUUGGAUAUAUAAGGUCAUGUUAAAUUAGCAGAUUUUGGAUUAUCAAAAGAAGGUGUUAGUGAUUAAGAUAAAGCAAAGAGUUUUUGUGGAUCUCCUGCAUAUCUAUCACCUGAUAUUCUAAGUCAAAAAGGUGCAGGUAAACCUAGUGAUAUCUAUGGAAUUGGAUGUGUAAUGUAUGAAAUGAUGACUGGUGAAUCUCCAUAUUAUAAUGAUGAUAUACAACAGAUGUAUAAAAAUAUAUAAAGUGGAACCUUGAAAUGGCCAAAGAAAAUGUCUAUUGAAGCCAAAAAUCUAUUAGCUGUAAUAAAAUGUUAUCUAUUAAUAGAAAAUGCUAGAAAGGGAUCCAAACAAAAGAAUAGGAACGAAAUCAAAAGAUGAAAUAAAAUAAGAUCCAUUUUUCAAAGGAAUUGAUUGGGAUAAAGUUUAUAAAAGAUAAUAUAAACCUCCAAUCACUGAUUUUUCAGAGAUGCAUGAUGAUGAUGAUCAAUAAGAUUUUGAUGGGGAUGAAUUAGGAUAUAAUGGAAAAGUUUUUAUUAUUUUUUAUCAUUUUAGGCUAUCUUUUAGGAUUAAGAUUAUGAAUAAGAAAAUAAUAGGACUAAUAGAGUAAAAAACUUUAGUUUUGCCACUAAUUCAUCAUGA